GAUUUUGUACGAGAUUUGUACAGGUUUGCCCAAUUCCUUGCCCACUGCUGCAUCGUCGCGGCUCUGCAGGUUCCGCAGGGCUCGAGCGCUUGCAGCGGCAAUAGUGCCAAGUCCAGCAGAGAGCGUCAGCAACCACUAAGCUCUCCCAAGCAAUGAGACGCGUCGCAGCGCUGCUGCUACUGCUCCAAAACCACGCCGCCGCCCUGGCGCCACCCGUCGUCAAGGCUGCAGACGUCGCCGCCAGCGGUCUCGCGUCGAUGGCGAGAAUGCCCGUGGCAGCGGGCAAGAGCACGACCGUCGUCGAGGGGCUGGCCGCGUACCCGGCGUUCAAGACGCCGCCCGUGCUCUACGAGUUCGAGGCCUGCCCCUACUGCCGCUUCGUCCGCGAGGCGGUCACGGCGCUCGACCUCGUCGUGGACGUGAAGCCGUGCGGCCGCGGGUCGAGGCAUAGGGCCGAGGCGCGGAAGGUCGGCGGCAAGGAGCAGUUUCCCCUGUUAGUGGAUGGGGACACUGUCCUGUACGAGAGCGCGGACAUCGUCGAUUACCUCGCGGAGAAGCGCGGGACGACGCUCACCCCGCCGAAGGGCGGCGUGCUCGCGUCCGCGGCGGCGACGGCGUUCCGGCCGGGCCGCGGCGACGCCGUGUCCGCGGGCGCGCUGGCUAAGCCGCCGCGGAAGCUCCUCGAGCUCUACUCGUACGAGGGCAACCAGUUCUGCCGCCUGGUGCGCGAGGUCCUCUGCGAGCUCGAUCUGCCGUACCGGCUCUACUCCGCGGGGAAGGACAGCCCGCGACGGGACGUGCUGGCGAAGCUGGCGGGCUCGUCGCAGUGCCCGUAUCUGGUGGAUCCGAACACGGGCGAGGCGCUCGCCGAGAGCGCGGACAUCGUCGCGUAUCUCUGUCGAACGUACGGCGACUUUGACGAAGAGGAAGAAUAACAGAAGUACACUAA